GACGAGGUUGGAGACAGCAAGAAGGGGGAGUACAGCCGGCUAUUCACAUGCUGGCCGACCGUGUAUCUAUGCCUGAUGCGGUUCGCUUACGAGGGAACCCGCCCUCUACGGCCUCAACGGAGUUGUACACCACCGGGGCGAGACCAUCGGCCGAGGGCACUUCACUGCCUGUGUGUGCCUGGGGGGGAAGAAUUGGCGAUGACGACACUGCCGUUGCCAAUGUGGCUCUUCGGAAUGUACUCACCGAGGAGGCGAUUAUCCUCGCCUACACUCGCCAAUCGGGCUAGUAAAGCAACUCUUCGCUCAGGAGUUGCACCUCAGCGACGACCAGUGACCUCAGCUCUUGUGUCGUACCUCGGUCGUAGGACCGGUGUUCCGUUGUCGGGAUGAUGCUCUUGGGCUUCUGCCUAGGCCAGAGGGAUGGUCGUUGUUACUGGAGUGAGGGUUUGUGCUUUGCAGUCCCAAGCAUGUCAACGACAAGGGCUGGCGUUGACCGGGACGGGUGUAUUCCUCGCGUUCGCGCGACACCGAAGUUUGCCUGUGGGCCAACCUGAACAUGUGUGCGUGUGCCUGCGGUUGUGUUUGAUGUCUAUUAAUCUGGUCUUCUCUGCCGCCCACCUUGGAGCUGCUGCGCAACAACGGGCCAAAUGAACGAUUUAUAUGUUGUGUUUGCAGGUCUCGCGAACGGCACCAUAGUUGACGGUGUUUCGUUCAAAGAGGCCAUCGUCGUCUUGGAUGUGUGAUUCCUUGUCGUGGAAAAUGUGUCAGAUCCAGACGGAGAUUUCUCUUGUGAUGCUACAGUGGGUUGUGGCUUUACCGAGGUGCUUCACCACUACUGUAGUCCCUCUUGCGGUAUGGUACCCCUGAAUUGCGUCUGGGCGCUCCUCUACCAACGGUCACUUUAUGCUUCCGAGCCGGCCGAGCAAUCUUGAACUCCAACAUUUUCGAAGCAUGUGGGGUACAUAGCGCGGUAUUGCGAGCGGAAUCUCCUGCACCGCGGAGAGCGAGACGAUGGUGCAAGCGUCGCAAACAAUGACAAACCACGUUAUUUGUUUCAUGGGUGCAUACCGCUUUUUUGAGGACCAGGUCCUCAACGACGGUAUAUCAGCGCGUUCUCCACUCCUGUAUUGUUUGUGGUGGGGAUACUAAUAGAUCAAGAGGCGUGUUGGGGGCCGUGGUCGUUGGUAUGGUCGUGGUGGGCGAAUGGUGGUGCCCUUGUUAUUGCAAGUAAUGUUGAACUUGUUGCGUGCUUUGUUUACCCUUUGGGUGUGACGACGCCGAGGGCAGCACCAGUCUCGGAACACUGAUGCAUGCGAGGCACCAUAUAGGCUUUCGGUGGGUAGGGUGGUUUGGACGAUCCAUUUGCGUUGGACAUUAUGACGUGGGAGGAUCUUCUAAAGUACGGUGUUUUUCGGGGCUUCGCAUUGACUCCCUCUCAGGAGACUCCUGUAUUUUUACCUAGUUCAUUUUGAUACCUCGCUUUCUUCCCGGUCAGUGUUAUUCCACUAGAUUGACUGAACGGGACCUCAGUGGCGAACCUCAUGAAAGCCUCGUCGCGACGUGAGUGUAAUAGAAGAGGGGGGCCGAGUAUGUAGGUGUUGCGAGGCCAUGAGUGCUCGAACGUUGGGAAGGCUCGUGUUUUUUUAUUUUUUUUUGUACGGUCUUUUCAUGGUCCUC